AUGCCCAGGUUUGAUGUUUACUGUGUCAUCUGCGGUGCACCACACUCAGUGCGAUGGUUCUGUCCGGAGGGGUGGGUUACUGAGGAGGAUUUACCUUUUCUCUCGCAGAUGAGUUGGCUUGGUAAUACUUCUCGCAUUUUGGGCGAAAACCAUCAUGCAUCGUCCACAAACAAGGUGUUUAUCUCCGGCCCAGCGACCUAUGUCGAUGCUGGUGUUUUCAAGGUCGAGCCUGGUACCGACCCCAACUUUCCAACUGAGAAUCAAGUGCAGUACCGAAAUGGCCGAGCACGUAUCAAAGUGUUCGACUAUGAGCGAUCAAUUGAUUUUGCGAUCCCAAUCCAUGAGCCAUGCUAUCAACUCCUGAAGAAGGUCCUCAUCCAAUGGGGCUUACAGCGCACAGCUCAUGAUGUCGACAAUGGAAUUCUCUACAAGACUUUGAUGAAGUUCGCAGACGAGGCAUCAGAUGACAGAACAAGGCUAACUCGCAUGAACUACGGUGAGAAUUCCGGCGAGUUCGAUGCUGUGUUGUCGAGAUCUGCUGAUAGCGAACACAUUUUGCUGAAUCCGAUGGAAUCGAGCAAAUUAGUGGAGUACUUUCAACAGCCUUUACUGCCAAUGAGAGAUCAACAGAACAGAUACCCCCCUAGGACUGGAUCAGAAGACUUCAGUGGCUGCGGCGACCCGUUUGCCAAUUUGGCUCCGGAACUGUUAUUUUUGAUCAUGAUCCGUUUACCAGUGGUCUCUCUUGAAGCUCUCAGACACGCCAGUCCAGCCGCAGCUCGGCUCGACCUCGAUAGUGGAUUCUGGAAACAGAAAGUGAGACACAACAUGCCCUGGAUCUUUGACUUACCUGAAGAAGCAAAUGAUCGCCCUGGGCAUAAAAUAGACUGGCUUCGAGUGUACACAGACUUGGAAAACGCGAGUGAACUUGACGGCGAAGGGGCAUACAUUGGGGUAUUGAAAAAUCGCCGAAGAAUCUGGGAAACAUGCGAAGACAUUGCCGGAGCUUUCGAGAAGCUACAAAAGGAAAACUCAAAUCACAAAAAUCGAGAAAAAGACUCCAUCGUUGAGAAUGCUGUCACGUCGUUGAUGCAGCCUUUUGCCCGCCCUUUACCGGCUUGCCUGGAAACAGUCUCAUUGCCGUUUGUCAAGAACAUAUCAGAUAUCCAGCAGAACCUCCCACUCCUAUCCUUUUUCUGGUCGAAAGAGGGCAUCCUUUCGGGUCUCGGAAGAUGCGACAAUCUUGAGAAGGAAAAAAGGCCAGAGCAAACCAUAGGUCACGAAGACCGCUUUGACGUCCGCGACGAUGUUAAAAUUAAACAUGGAGACUGGAUUGCUGGAUUUGUUCUAAGCUUCCGUGAUGAAUACAAGGGCGAAGGAACCGUGGAAAAGGAAAUAGUGGGAGUCAAAAUCCAUUUCCUCAGUGGGAUGUCUCACCAGCUUGGUAAUCCCACACCGAUUCUGAAGAUAUUUCAUGCCAGAGACAACCUUCUUCUUGUCGGCAUCAUGGCGCAACUCACCAUGGAGGGCCAGAUAGUCUCUUUGUCGUUGCUGCAGGCACCUGCCUCGAAUCUUUGCCCGCACUCGGAAGAACUGGGUAGGCGACAAUCCCAGAUUCUCUAUGCGCACUCGAACAUCGGAUCAAAGAUGUGGAAGAACGAGCUGCCCCCACAAGAUAUCAUCGCCGGAGAAGUGUCCCUUGUUCAAUUUACUCCAUCUUUGCCUGUACCAACUGACCCUGUCGCAAUGGAAGCGCUUGUGUUCGGCAAAGAUGAGAGCGAGCUUGCCGCCAUCACCGAAAUAAUCGGCGAUACUCAAUUACAGGGGAUCAAAAUCCGCUAUUCAGACCGACCGCCGAAAUCAAUUGGCCCCCAUAGCGGUUCGCUACUCGAUUCGCAACCGCAGUCCAUUAAGAUUGACGGCCAGGGUGGGGAGCGCAUAAUUGCCCUUGAAGGAGUUUUCGGAAUCGAAUGGUUGAAUGCUCUCCGCUUUGUGACAAACCGAAAUCGCUCCCUUGUCCUUGGACAUAACCAUAUUGCAAUGCAGAAUAAGCUCUACCCUCCUGGCGAAGGAAUGGUUUUACGGGGUGUCUAUGGCGCUUGGGCGGAAACAAUGUAUGAGGAAGUCCUGUUCGAGGCCGUCGGAGGGCUGUUCUCCCUUGCAUCACCGCAGUUUCCUUCACUUGAUGUUCAUGAGCCGGAAGUUCUUGGUUUUGGUCUGGAUGGCUAG